AGAAAAGCAUAAAACUUCAGUGGGAGGGUUAGCUUCUGGUCUAAAUAUAAAAGAGAUCUAUAUAUGGAGAUGAUGAAGGUUGAAAUAAUCACGAAGGAAAUUAUUAAACCAUCAUCUCCAACACCCCAUGAGCUUAGAAACCUCAAAGGUUCCUUCCUAGACCAACUUGCACCCACCACUUAUAUUCCUAUCAUCCUUUUUUAUCAACCCAAGAGCGGCCAUGACUUUGAUCAAUCCAAGAAUCGCCUUAAAAAGUCCCUCCAACAAACCCUCAACCGCUUCUACCCUUUGGCUGGAUCCGUCAAAGAAGACCACUUCAUCGACUGCAACGAUGAGGGGGUCGAGUUUUAUGAAGCUCGAGUUGCCUGCAACUUAUCACAAGUUCUCCAACACUUCAACAUGGAAAUCUUGAACCAGUUUCUGCCGUUUGAAUCCUUUGGAACCCAUGAAGUUCUCUUAGCUGUCAAAUAUAAUAUCUUCGAAUGUGGAGGAGUAGCCAUUGGUGUGUGUUUUUCGCACAGGAUCGCAGAUGGAGCUUCAGCCACAACAUUUCUUGGCGCCUGGAGCGCUACAUCACGUGGGGGAUCGGAUGAAGAUCAUGUCUGUCCAAAAUUUGAUGCGGCCACGUACUUCCCACCAAAAGAUUUGCCUUGGGGCAUGGGAGACAUUGGGGCCACAAAGGAAAAGAUCGUAACAAGAAGAUUGGUGUUCGACAAAUCAAGUAUCGCAGCUCUGAAAGAAAAGGCUUCCUCAACGCGCGUUGAGGCGGUUUCAGCGCUCAUAUGGAAACGUCUGAUUGCGAUAAACAAAUCAAAACCGGCACCAGCAAUAGUGCAUGUAGCUGUUCAUGCGGUGAACUUACGCCCCAGGAUGGUCCCACCCUUGCCAACGCAUUCCUUUGGGAAUCUUUGGUACUUCGCCAUGGCUGUAUUAUCACCGCUUGAUCAUCAGCUUGACCAUGAUGAUGAUCGUACGCUGGCGAUCAAACUAAGUCAUGUAAUAAAAGAAAUCGACGGUGAUUACGUGAAGAAACUACAGAGCGAUGAGUUUCCGGAUUCGCUGACAAAGGGGAUGGAGGUGUCCUCGAUGGGUGACGUGGAGUUGUAUAAGUUUACAAGUUGGUGCAGGUUUCCUCUUUAUGAAGCUGAUUUUGGGUGGGGGCAGCCCACCUGGGCGUGCUGUCCCAGUAUGCCUUUUAAGAAUCUUGUCGUCUUGACGAGUACAAGAGAUGGACAUGGAAUUGAGGCAUCUCUGAACAUAUUAGAGGAAGACGAGGUCGUUUUUGACAGGGAUGAAGAACUCCUUCCAUUUGUUUCUUGGAAAAUAGCUGAGUAGCUACUGAAUGCUAGCUGGGGCCUGGGGCCAAUAUAUAUAUAUAUAUAUACAUAUGUUUCUGUCGGAAUAAACUUUAUUUAAUCAAUGCUUAAUUUGUUUAAUUAUCUGGUGACGAAAGGAGUAAUUCAUGCACGCAUGCAUUAUUCUGAAUGUAAUUCGCUCUUCUUCUCUAGUACUGUAUCUCCAAAUUGUAAGAAAUUUUAUUUAAAGUAUGUCUCUUAUGUCACAUAUAUUAUUGUAAUUAUAAAAUAUAUAUAAUUACAGUGUUCAGUAA